UGCAGUCACGGCACCGGCACCAUGAGUGUCUCCGUUCUGAGUCCCACCAGAUCCCUGGGCAGUUUCUCUGGGCUCCUGCAAGUGGCCUUCCUGCUAGGCCUGGUGUUGCUGCUGCUCAAGGCUGUCCAGCUCUACCUGCAACGCCAGUGGAUGCUUAAGGCUGUCCAGCAGUUCCCAUCACCUCCCUCCCACUGGCUCUUCGGGCAUUCCAAGGAGUUCCAAGAUAAUAAAGAGCUGCCUCAGCAACUGAAAAGGAUAGAGAAGUUUUCAUGUGCCUGUCCUCGCUGGCUAUGGGGCUCAAGGGUCAUUAUGGUGGUCUAUGACCCUGACUACAUGAAGGUGAUUCUGGGGCGAUCAGACCCAAAGUCUACCAUUCCCUAUAGAUUCGGGGCUCCCUGGAUUGGGUAUGGUUUGCUCCUGUUGAAUGGACAGACCUGGUUCCAGCACCGGCGCAUGCUGACCCCAGCUUUCCAUUAUGACAUCCUCAAGCCUUACGUGGGGCUCACAGCUGAUUCUGUGCGAGUGAUGCUGGACAAAUGGGAAAAGCUCAACAGGAACGGUGUCCCCUUGGACAUCUUCGGACACGUCUCCUUGAUGACGCUGGACACCAUCAUGAAGUGCGCCUUCAGCCACCCCAGCAGCCUGCAGACUGACAGGAAGAACCUCUCCUAUACACAGGCCAUCGAGGACCUAAAGAACCUCUUCUUUUCCCGGGUGAGGAAUUUCUUCCACCAGAAUGACUUCAUCUACAGCCUAACCCCCGCUGGCCGCAGCUAUGCCAAGGCCUGCCAGAUCGCCCAUGAGCACACAGACCGUGUGAUCCGGCAGAGGAAGAUGCAGCUGCAGAAUGAGAACGAGCUAGAAAAGAUCAGGAAGAAGAGGCACCUGGAUUUCCUGGACAUCCUGCUCUUUGCCAAGUCAGAGGACGGGAGCGGCCUGUCUGACAAGGACCUGCGGGCAGAAGUGGACACGUUCAUGUUCGAGGGUCAUGACACCACAGCCAGCGGCAUCUCCUGGAUCCUCUAUGCACUGGCCACACACCCCGAGCACCAGCAGCAGUGCCGGGAGGAGCUCCAGAGCCUGCUGGAAGAUGGCUCCUCCAUCACCUGGGACCACAUGGACAAGAUGCCCUACACCACCAUGUGCAUCAAGGAGGCGAUGCGUAUCUACCCGCCCGUGCCUGGUGUGACCAGACAGCUCAGCUCACCUGUCACCUUCCCUGAUGGGCGCUCCCUACCCAAAGGAAUCUCAGUGAACCUGUCCAUUUAUGGCCUUCACCACAACCCAAAUGUGUGGCCCAACCCAGAGGUGUUUGACCCUUCCCGGUUUGCACCAGGUGCUCCUCGGCACAGCCACGCGUACCUGCCCUUCUCAGGGGGCUCCAGGAACUGCAUCGGCAAGCAGUUUGCCAUGAAUGAGAUAAAGGUGGCUGUGGCACUGACCCUGCUCCGCUUUGAGCUGGCUCCUGACCCCUCCAGGGUCCCUAUUCCCAAUGCUAAACUUGUGCUGAAUUCGGAGAAUGGAAUCCACCUCUACCUCAAGAAACUCACAUAACCUAUAAGGACGGUGAUGCCCACCAGUCUGCCCGGACCACAUCCCUUGCCAGCUUUCUUGCCAUCUUACUGCUCCCCAUUCCCCAUUUGUUUGAGUGUCUCCCUCCACCUCUGACUAUCCUCUGAAUUCUUGAGUGCCUGCAUUUCCCCAGCCUCUCUCUUCCCUGUCUUAUAACCUUUCUACCUUCCUGCCUAUUCCUAUAUGAGUUGCCUCUGCUGCUAUAACAAAGGACCCGAAUGUAGAGACUUACAAUAGUACAAAUUUAUACUCUUACCACUUAGGAAUCAGAAAUUCAUAAUGGGUAUUGCUGAGAGAGAAAUUUGGGAUUAGGGGUGUGAGACAGGAAGAUAGCCUUUUCUAUCUGUCUAGACAUUUUUCUUGAUUGGGCUUGAGUCUCCCUGAUUAUCCCAGAAAUAUUCUAUUCUUAAAUUCACUGAAUGCAGAUGUUAAUCUCAUCUCAUUGUACUGGGGGAGCAAUCCAUGGCAAUGAUCAAUCCCAACCUCCCCUGAGUAAAUAACCUGCUCAGCCUGCUGAGCUCUCUCUCUCUCUCUCUCUCUCUCUCUCUCUCUCUCUCUCUCUCUCUCUCUCUCUCUCUCUCUCUCUCUCUGACUCUCUACCUCGGGGUCUUCCACAAAUCAUUGCCACCUGCCUGGUGCUAUAUACCCAAAUCAAAUCUGAGAUUGUCCUUUUUGCUCUGGAAUGUCAAAUUGGAAUAAAUACACUCAACAAUCAUCAAAGAAACAGCAGAAUUUAGCGGCUUGGUGUCCCCAGCUUUAUUAAAAUCUCCUAUGAUCCUUUCCAAUAGUCAAACUCAUCUUAUUUCCAAAAUAAUGCUAUGACUUCAACAGAAACCAGUGGCCAUUUAGGAAUUUAAUUUGCAAUGUUGUUAAGGCACUAGAAGAAUGAGACUUCUGGGUUUAGUCUUCAGAAACUACCCCUGAUUUAGUCUUGUUGGUACCGGACAGAAGGGUUUCUUACAGGGCACACAUAAGAGCUUUCAAGUCAUUUGUGUGUAUUUGGGAGUUCUGGUCACUGAGACCAUCUUUCUUCUCCUACUUUCUACUGUGAAGCUAGUCAGCUUUAUUAUCUUACUAUAGUCCUUAGCUUGACCAAAAUUUAUUUUAAUUUCUUAAAAUUUUAUUUUAAUGUAGACAAAGUCAGAAUUGUUGAUAUAAUUCAAGAGUUAAAUUACUAUAAAAUAAAGCUCCAAUAUUAAAAUUGAUAAAUAUAAAAAAUUGA